UCUGAUAUAUUAUCCAAACAAUUUAGUGUAUUCAUGAGGUAACCUAAAUGUGGAGGCUGCAAAAUUACCCGUAAUCAAUUGAAGCAGCGAGUGCGCGUCCCCCGGCGCCCAGCAGCCGCGUGGCUCCGUGAUAAGGCGGACACAGCAGCGCGGAGCCGGAGCGCGGUACCUGCGCGCGGAGCGCAGCGGGACGCGGGGAGCGACGGAACCGCAGCUUCGCCAGUGGGAUCGACCCCGACCUUCCCUCAUCGAGGUGCUGUGCGGAUCCCACCGGUGUGACCCUGAGCCGUGCAAUAUCCAGCGGAGACUUCGCCUUCUUCUACCGCCGCCACUCUCUCUCUUCAUUAUUAUUAUUUUUUUUCUAUUUUUCCUUUUUGUUUUCUUUUGUUUUCUUUUGUUUUCUUUUGUUUUCUUUUUAUUGCACUACAUGUUUGGGAAACAAGACAAAAUGGACGUUAGAUGCAGCACAGAGACUGAAGCCAAUCGGGUCUCGAAGAACGGACACAAGGAGGGCAAGGACAGCAAAGGGGCUGAAGGAAAUAUCUCUACUUCUUUUCUGAAGGAGCAACAAGGGACUUUUUCUGCCUCCGCAGCUACCGAAGACUGUAAUAAAACUAAAUCUGGUUCGGCGGAUCCGGACUACUGCAGGAGGAUCUUGGUCAGAGAUGCCAAAGGUUCCAUCCGAGAGAUCAUCCUACCCAAAGGCCUCGAUUUGGACCGUCCCAAGCGGACCCGCACCUCCUUCACAGCCGAGCAGCUCUACCGCCUAGAGAUGGAGUUCCAGCGGUGCCAGUACGUGGUGGGGCGGGAGCGCACCGAGCUGGCCCGGCAACUGAACCUCUCCGAGACUCAGGUAAAGGUGUGGUUCCAGAACCGGCGCACCAAGCAGAAAAAGGACCAGGGCAAAGACUCGGAGCUGCGUUCGGUGGUAUCCGAGACGGCCGCCACCUGCAGCGUCCUGCGGCUGCUGGAGCAGGGCCGCCUGCUCUCCCCGCCGGGGCUGCCCGGCCUCCUGCCGCCCUGUGCCAGCGGAGCGCUAGGCUCGGCGCUGCGCGGCCCCGGCCUGGCUGCGAGCAGCGGCACGGCGGCGGCGGCGGCGGCUCCGGCCGGGGGAUCCCCGCACCCCCCGAGCGCCGGCACCGCGGCGGGGCCGCCCCCUCCGGCAGCGCUGCACGGAGCGGCCGCCGCCGCCGCCGGGCACGGGCUCUUCGGGCUGCCGGUGCCCACGCUGCUGGGCUCGGUGGCGGGGCGGCUCUCCUCCGCGCCGCUGGCCGUAGCGGGCUCGCUGGCGGGCAACUUGCAGGAACUGUCGGCCCGCUACCUGAGCUCGUCCGCCUUCGAGCCCUACUCCCGGACCAACAAUAAAGAAAGCGCUGAGAAAAAAGCACUGGACUGA